UGCUAAAUGCGUCAUGAAGACACACCCACACCGGAAGUGCGACAACUGGGUUUCCUGACAUUUUCAUUUUGGUCAACAACUGUCAGUUAUUUGUUUUCUUUACGGAUAUUCUUCAAACAAGCUCAGCAUACUUUUAAUCUCGGAAACGGACAAAAGUGCGUCACAUGAAAAUUUCAUUGCGAGACUUUCUUUCUGUUGCCUGAUUUUUUUGCUGGCUAAGCUAACUUAGCUGACUGACCUGUCACUUGAGCCGUUAGUCUGCUAGCCUAAUGCUUGUGUGUUAAUGCAACAUACUGGAAGUCAGUAAUAUUAAAAUGACUAUGUCCUUUGAAAUCAUGUCUAUGGAAGAUUGCUUUUACGGACAGAUUUAGUGAAUAACGUUAGACUGUCAACGCCGUCGUCGGGCUGCUGCAAGCAUAGCUAGUUAGCGUAUGAAAUAGCCUUCCCACUUCAUUUAUUUGCAAAUUUAUUACGUUAAUUUGUUUUUCAGAUUACCACCUUUUUACUGUUUAAUACUUUGCUCUCAUUCGUAGUCUUUGGUUUUAAGAUUUAAUAUGCUGGCACCACCAGUUCCCACCAUUAUGCCGGCUCUUCUGGAGAGGCCCAAAUUGUCCAAUGCAAUGGCACGUGCCUUACACAAGCACAUUAUGAGGGAGAGGGAGCGGAAGAGGCAAGAGGAGGAAGAGGUUGACAAAAUGAUGGAACAGAAACUAAAGGAGGAGGAAGAGAGAAAAAGGAAGAAGGAGAUGGAGGAGAGGAUGUCUUUAGAGGAAACUAAAGAGCAGAUUAUGAAGAUGGAGGAGAAGCUGCAGUGUCUUCAGGAGGAGAAGCACCAGCUCUUCCUGCAGCUGAAAAAAGUCCUUCACGAAGAAGAGAAAAGACGACGGAAGGAACAGAAUGACAUGACAACUCUGACUUCGACAACAUACCAGCCCAACAUGGCCAUCCACACAGGACAGCACAUUCUCAGCAUGCAAGCGAGUCAGGUGAGUCAUGGGCGCCCUGGGGCUCUUCUGGGAGAACGAAGCAAACAGCUCUUCCAGUCACCGGUCAUCCCUACACGUCAUUUCCAGUCUCAGGUUGGAUUUAGUGCAGGUGCAACAGAGCAUGGGCAGUACUCUGGAGCCCAGCCUACUCACAGCCCAUACGGAGUCACCCAACCACAGCAUACAUCGCCUUUUGCUUCUGCUCAGCCGGUGCCAGCCAACUAUGCCAGUGGUUCACAACUAAGAGGUGCAUCUGCAUUUCAGGCCAUGCAGUAUUUGCCCCAUCAGCAACAGGGCUAUGCAGUUCACAGUCACUUCACGUCACAGCAAGGAUAUAUUCCCAGCGCUGGGAUCCCUCUGCAGAAACAGCUGGAACAUGCAAACCAGCAGUCCGGCUUCACGGACUCUAGUCCUCUGAGGCCCAUGCAUCCCCAGGCUCUACAUGUCAGUGCUGCCGGUUUGCUGCCCACUCCUUCCAUUGCUGUCCAGAUCCCUCCUGGCAAGGCUACAUUUCAGAGCACUUCUCAACCAACCCCUCGCCACACCUACCUCUCCCACUGCCAACCAGGGCAGAGAUUUUAUCAUCACGGCAAAUAGCUAUCAUCUUCAUUGAUCAACUUGCAAGACAUUGGGGACAAGACAAGAUCCAUCCAUGUGAUGGAAAGCUCAAAGCAAACACAGCACACAUAGCUUGGCAUCAUAGUGUUAUGAUUUAGAACACAUGACUGUAUUACAGUCACAAGCACGUUUUUUUCUCUGCUAGACCUCCCUUUUUAACAGGGUACAUGCUAUUUACCUAAAUAUUACAGUGGGAUGUGUCUGAAUGCUUAUUUUUUAUUUAUUUGAAAGCACCAGUGCCAAUGUUAGUAGCAUCACAACACCACCAGUAAAUGACUAAACUAAACUAGUUUAAAAACCUAAACUAUAAACGGAACAGAAUAUUCUGUUGUCACGUUCUUUAACAGACCUCCCACUCAAGGCUGUCUCUAAUUUUCAUCAUGUAUGCACUUCCCUUAUUCAAGCUACCACAGGAAAAUAAUAUUUUCAUAUGAUUUUAAAAUUGUAAAUGCAAUGUUUAGACAACCAACUGAAUUUCACAAAGUUGCACUUAAAAUUCUGUUAAACAGAGCUUGUAAACAUAGUAAUAAAUAGUAAAAAAAAGAAUAAAACAACUGGUGUUUUUCCAUUUUUUGUUCUUUUAAGUGUUGUCUAUAUGAGUUGUGAUCUACGUAUGUAAAAUAUAACUUGUAUCUAACAGCCGAACAACUAAAUAUAAAGCACAUUUUAAUACAU